UCUGACUGCACUAUUUACUUUUACCCAGGGUUGCUUGAGACGCAUGAGAGCAACAGGCUGACUGAAAAAUAAAUCCGAAGAACGUCUCGAAUUAAAGUCUGGAUAUUUACUGUAAUCAAGCUUUUAGUAAAUGAAAAGAAGAGUAGUUUGUAAUCCGUUUCUAAAUGGAGCUACUUCGGUUUUCUGCUUUCUGGUGUGGAACGAUACUCUUUGGUAGUGUUCUGCUAGAACAGAAGGGGGUCUCGUCAAUGAACAUGCUGAAGCUGAAGCUUCUGUGUAAGUUCUGUGACGUGGAGUCUACCAGCUGUACGGGCACAGGGAGCUGUAUGACCGACUGUGGCAUCACCUCCAUCUGCCCCCAUCCAGAGGACGUGUGUGUCAGCAUUUGGAGAAAGAGAGUUGACAACGUUACCAUAGACACGAUAUGCCACAACCCAGCCCAUAAGCUGCAUGGUCUGAUGCUGGAGGACUACAACAACAGCAAGUGUGAGAUGAGGGAGAGGAAUGGCAUGGGCUCCCAGUUCUUCAUCUGCUCCUGCUCCGAGGACGAGUGCAACAACCACGUGUUCUUCACUCCCUACUCUCUUGACUCCCAGGUGGUGUCGGUGAUCCUGGUCAGCCUGGUUCCUCUCCUGGUUCUGGCCAUGCUGGUCAUCACAUCCUUCUAUUGGUACCGCAUCUACCACCAGCGCCACGCCGGUGCCAAGCGCAAGAAGACGCCGCUCGACUUCAGCGACGGCCGCGCCAUCAUGAUGGACGACGACGGCUCGGACAGCAGCUCCACGCACGCCAACAACCUCAACCACAACACGGAGCUCCUCCCCAUCGAGCUGGACUCCCAGGUGGGCAAGGGCCGCUUCGCUGAGGUCUACAAGGCCAAGCUGAAGCAGGGCGCCACGGGAGCCGGUGAGCCCUUCGAGACCGUUGCCGUCAAGAUUUUCGCCGAUGAAGAGUAUGCCUCGUGGAAGAACGAGAAGGACAUCUUCUCGGACGCUGACCUGCGCCACGAGAACGUCCUGCACUUCCUGACAGCGGAGGAACAUAAGGUGGAGAAACAGUAUUGGCUGAUCACGGCCUACCACCCCCAGGGCAACCUCCAGGAGUACCUGACGCGCCACGUCAUCAGCUGGGACGACCUGUGGGUGCUGGGCGGGUCGCUGGCGAGGGGCGUGGCCCACCUGCACAGUGACCACACGUUGUGCGGACGCUACAAGGUGCCAAUCGUCCACCGGGACAUCAAGAGCUCCAACAUCCUGGUGAAGGGGGACCUCACCUGCGUCCUGUGUGACUUUGGCCUGGGUCUGCGUCUGGACAACUCGCUGUCUGUGGACGAGCUGGCCAACAGUGGACAGGUGGGCACUGCCAGGUACAUGGCCCCUGAGGUGCUGGAGUCCAGGAUCAACCUGGAGAACAUCGAGUCGUUCAAGCAGACAGACGUCUACUCCAUGGCCCUGGUACUGUGGGAGAUCACCUCCAGGUGCAAUGCCAUUGGAGAGGUAAAGGACUACGAGCCCCCCUUCGGUAAGGUGAGGGAGCACCCGUGUGUGGAGAGUAUGAAGGACAGCGUUCUCAGAGACAGAGGGAGGCCAGAGAUCCCCAGCAGCUGGAUUAACCACCCAGGCAUCCAGGUGGUGUGCGGCACGAUAGACGAGUGCUGGGACCACGACCCCGAGGCCAGGCUGACUGCACAGUGUGUGGCCGAACGCUUCAAUGACAUGGAGCACCCAGACAAGCUGUCUGGACGCAGCAACUCGGAGGAGAAGAUUCCCCAGGACAUCUCUGUGACGGAGUUUGAAGAGAUUGAGAAGAAGGAAGUAUGCCUCAGAAACUACAAUGCCCCUGCUGGGGAGGCUGAGAACUACAAUCAACCAAGCAGCUGAGAGAUAUUUAAGUGGAGAGUCUCUUCGUAUAUGCUCUGUUUAUUUGUCCUGCUUGUGACUCCAAGGAACAAACAGUUUGGCUGUUGUGUGUCAUGGAUGUAAAAGGGAACAAAACUGAACAAUCCAAUCAGCAAGGAAUUUAUAUCAUGUUUUUUUUUUUUUUUUUUUUGAUUUACAGCAUUUGCUCCAAAGACGGAUUAAAGCCAUGACUGGACUGGUGAAAAUAUAAAGCCCUCUUAACUAAAUACUGUUUGCACUUUAUCAAUAGCUAUGCAUACCAAAUGAUGUACAGUACCAGUCAAAAGUUGACACACCUACGCAUUCCAGGAUUUUCCUUUGUUUGUACUAUUUUUUACAUUGUAGAAUAAU